AUGGCUUUCUAUGGGUACAAUGGUGAGGCUGGUGAGUGCCACUGGACUCCUAAUUUCAGUGUCCCUUAUGAUUAUGAUGCUUUUCCAACUCACUCUUCAAUAUCAUAUUCUUCCUAUGGAUAUAGCAACUCAGAACAAAUUGAGCUGAGUACUAAUUACAAUUACUACUACACUAAUCAAAUGCAUCCAGAAUUAAGUUACUCUGUUCACAACUCUACUGAGCCUAUAGUUAUCCAAUAUGAAAAGGGUGCUAAUUCAUUGGAGAUAAGAACCAUAAUUUCUUGUUCAACCAAAGAACAGGAUGACACUGUGUUUGAAGAAUAUGAUCCAACCCCUUAUGGUGGUGGCUAUGACAUGGCUCAAACUUAUGGCAAACCCCUUCUUCCCUCCAAUGAAAUAUGUUAUCCUCCUUCGAUUCCUGAACCUAAUCGACUUCCCUUAGAUGGUUUCGACUAUGGAACAAUUCGUUCACCCUAUGUAAACCACGGCGAUAAGGUAGAAAAACCUCAGGACCAAAGCAAGGAGAUGGAUGUCAAAGAUGAGCAAAAAUCUUUAUCUGGUUUGCAAGAAAAAGACAUUCUUGAAAAACCAAUAGAACAGCCUCAACAAGAUCAAGAUUUUGUUGUUGGAAAUGGGACUAUAGGGGGAAAAACCAUUCUUGAGGAUGAUAUUCUUGAAAAACCAGUAGAACCUCCUCAACAAGAUCAAGAUAUUCUAAUUGGAAAUGGGACUAUAGGGGAAUAUGGAUAUGAUUAUGGGAGGCAAUUGCAACAAAUUCCUUAUGGUUCAGGUUUGGAAGCUAUGGAUAUAUGUGAGUGCUUAUUUGGUUACUGGCCCUGCAUAGCUAAGGAAAAUCAGAGAAGAAACUGUAACCAUGUAAACAGUGCUGAAGAUAACAGGAAUGAACUCUGGGAAUGUACUGCAGGUUAUCUUUUUGGGAAUCCCUAUGGAUAUGGUGGUGAUGGAAGAGAUCAAAGAUAUGGGGAUUCUGCUUAUGUUAAUCAAAACUACUACUAUCAGCAACAACUUUAA